AUUUGGUAUUUACAGCUUUACUAUUGUUUAAUAUACGUAUUAUGCAAAAGCUUCACAUUGUCUCGCGAAAUUGUUUUGUUGAAUAUGAGGAAGAGAAGCUCGCUAUUGUCAUGACGACACUUAACAGCUGACUGACCAAAAUAAAGUAGACGGUUGACAAAAAUGAAGCCAAUGCAAGCAAAGCAGCUGUAAAUCAAGCAACCCCAAACCGAAAAUAGGGUGACAAAAAAACAAAGAUGGGCAGUGCACAAAAGCUGCAUUCGACGCCGACACUUCCUGCUGUUCAGUUACAAUUUGAGUGCUUUUGAAGCGGUUCACUCGUUGAGCCAAAUUAAGUUCUCAGUUUUGCUUCAGUUGCUCAAUAACUCGCUUCGCUUAACCAAAAAUUCCCUUAAAAAAUGGAAAUUUUAUACAAAACAUGUUAGUGAGCAACACACAGACAUGUCACAACUAUAGCAGAUUGUGAAAUAAUUGUUUUCCCAUCGUUGUCUACAUUUGCUAAUUUGUAAAAGUCCCCACACUAAGGUCGUCAUGGCUUUGGCCAGCGCAGCGGGCGCUCUGCUUAAACCGCAAACACCGCUCCAGCAGCUGCUCGAGGACAUUAACUUCCAGCGCACAAAAGAGAUGCGGCAGCUGCUCAAGGAUGAUGGUGGCUUUGUGGUGCUUCAGGGCACUACUUAUUGGACGGAUUUGUUUGUACGUCACUUUCUAUUUCAAACGGAGCCCGUGCACAGCAUCGAUUCGGAUGAUUUACUCUUUUUUGUGCGCAAAAAACACGUGAAAAGCUCCUCGCGCCAUAUGCCAAAAUAUGAGACUGAAGUUGAGGUAUUUCGCAAGGAUUCACGUAAGCUGCCCAUAGGCGAUCCAGAUGUAGACUGGGAAGAGACUGUCUAUUUGAACAUGGUUAUACAUCAGUUCGACUACACAUUAACUUUAGCCAUAUGUACAAGAACCUCACCCAAGGAACUGCAGGUGCUGCGACGGCACUCGCAGCGUGUCUACGCGAGUCCCAGUCGCCGAAAGAUGGACACCAAGGGCGAGGGCGAAGAGAUUACCUAUCCACAUAUAUGCUUUAUGGUGGACAACUUCGAUGAAGUAUUUAGCGAUAUAUUGGUGCGGGAUGGCGAAAUGGUUUGCGUUGAAUUGGUGGCCAAUGAUAAAGAUGGUGCCGUACAGGGUGUCAUCUUUCUCGGCUCCAUACGCUACGAUGCGCUCAAGAAGGUCUACGAUGCCAGGCAAUCAAGUCUGAGCUCUAAGGUGGCGCAACGCAUGUCCUUUGGCCUUUUCAGCAGUGGCGCAGGAGUUCAAACGCGUUGCGAAUUCGUGCGUAUGAAGGGGCCACAGGGCAAAGGUCAUGCCGAGAUGGCAGUAACCAAGCCAAAAGGCUCUGGCGUUGAGACGCCCACCAGCGAGCCGGGCUUCUGUGCCACGGAUAUGUGGGACGAAUGGGAGGAGGAAAACGAUGACUAUUGCACGUAUCGUCAUCAGCGUAGACUCAGUGAUCCGAGCGCAAACCUGAAUAAUUUCUCACGAUACGGUUGGCGUACUAAGAAUACCAACCAGGACAUGGUGGGCAGCGGUACAAGCACCAGUGCCGGCGUCAAAGCGCGUUCCGAAAACGAAGGACUCGACUCGCUGGCCAGUGAGGUAUCCGAAAUCGAGGCUGGCGACUUGCGCGAUGAUCAGCAACGUCCUGCUUUCUCGGCAUCCGCGGCAAAACUUCAUCCAAAUCCGAAUUGUGAAACGCUCAAAUUGGCAGCUGACCAAACGAAUUUAACGCCAGCUGCCAUAAACAACGAAGUAAUUGCUACCACAACUAGCGAUUCGUCAGCCUUGGCUGUCACAGCGGUCACUCCGCCGCCCCUAAGCGCCGCGACUGAGGUCAUCACUGACGGUGGCAACGGAGGCAACGGAGGUAGCAGCAGCAGCACCGGCUGCAAUUGUUUCGGUGGCAAGAAGUGCAAAAAACGCUGGACAUCGGCGAACACCAGCACCGUCGACACACCCGAAAUGUCGGAGGUUUACUGUCCCAGCUGUGAGGAUGUGGCUAAUGAGACGCCUGCGUGCCUCAGCAAAAUGCCCGACAAGCGAGGGCAGACACGGCUCAAGCCCAAGCCGCCGAGCAUAUUGUGCGUGGAGAGCGAGCUGGUGGUCAGUAAGCGGAGCAGCCUGAGGCUCAGCAGCUUAGAAAAUAAACGGAAGGUCAGCAGCAAUAUUACACGUAGCGUAUCCUUGAGCGCUGCAGAUCGACGAACGAGUGUGCCAAUGCCUAGAAAGGUGACGCCAGCGCGUGUGCGUCUGACCAAGCCCAAAGAGCUGGACAAGAACAAGGAUAAAGAUAAGGAGAACGACAAAAAGUCCACGAAUCAGAAAGCAAAUGGGGCGAGCUCUCUGCUGGCUAAGAUGUCGCCUAAAAGGCUGCGCAAUGCCAAAGCCAUAGACAAGGAGAAAGAGAAGGAAAAGGAGAAAGAGAAAGAAAAGACCAAGGAUAAAGACCAAAACAAGGACAAGGACAGGUCAAAAGUCGCUAUCAAGUGCAAAACCGGCAACAACAACAAUCAUGUGAAAGCGACAACAGCUGCUGCCAAAACUGAGGAAUAUGAAAUUGCUGAUGAUGCCACCUCCCUAAAUGGCCAAUCCUUGUACGCUGACGAGGCUACAACUGCUCCUAAAAUUGCCAUCCUCAGCGAGAGUGACAGCAAAGAAUUGAUAAGCGUGCGCGGGCGAGAAGAGCUACCUGUGGUGGAGCAGGCGCCAACAACGCCUACGCCGCCAGCAGAUGUGACGUCUGCGCAGCGUUUCGAGAAGUGUUUACGUGUACCUGUGAAAUCAGAGAGCCAUCCAUUGCAGCUGUUAGCAGACAGCGCAAACAAUUACAAUAAUGUGGAACCGGAGCAGGAAUCGGCCGAGCAGGAGUCGGUGGAGCAGCAGCCACUGCUCAAUGGCGAAGCGGAUGUGGCAAAUGGAAAUGACACGGCGCACAGCAGCGCUACAUUGCCGCGCACAGCAAAGCAAUCCUACUAUCACAAGGUGCUGCAUCUGGUGCCCAAGCGUCGUACACCCGAUGGCACCAAUAUAUACUACUGGUGCGAUCUGCCCAAGAAGGCGUUCAAAGAGCUCGACGAUGGCGCCUAUAAUCCUCUGUGGACCAGUCGCGGCUUCACGCAAUCCUUUCAUUUCUGGAAGGAGAAUCGACGCCAACAGUCGACGCCGCUCAACGCAUUCCUGACAUAUGUGACACUGCCCUGGUGGAGCAUAGCCAAGGAUCUUUUGGAUCAUCGGGAGACGCCUAUACUGACUUUUUAGUAUUAGCUUUGCUCGUUGCUUGUGAUUUGCUGUUAAACUAUGCUUUAAUGUAUUACAUAUAAAAAUAUCUCAUUUUAUUAUUACUAUUAGUUCUGGCAAAUCAUGUGAUCCUGUUUUAUGUUUAUUAUUAUAUAUGAAACAACAUUUACGUGUAUCUCAGGUAGCAGAAAUUAUGCUGCUCCAUUCCUUAUAAUUUAACUUUCAAUUUUGCUUAACAAAUGCCAAUGCAAACGCCCGUAGCUGUUUAUUUUGAUUAACUACGGCUUUAUUAGAUUUAUAUACAUUUAGUAUCUAUAUAUAUAUAUAUAUGAGACAAAGUAUGUAUUUGAGUAUGUGUGUAUAGCAUGUUUGUAUGUAAAUGCAGCGCAGAGCCAACCUACAAAUUUAUAAGCUAUAUAUAUAAAUAUACACCUACUAAAACGCUGCAUUUCGAGAUAAUAUGAAAGAAUUGUUACCAAAAAUAAAAGCUAUAU